CCACCAAAAUCUUUCAUGCUUGGUUGGACGUCUUGUACAUUCAACUGGGAGGACUUGUCAAAUGGCCAGAAUCAAUGGACAUGCAGUUGCCGACAGCAUUUCGCAACAAGACAUUUCGACGAGUCAAGUGUAUUAUUGACUGUACUGAAAUCUUCAUUGAAAGGCCAAGUAACAACAAAGCAAGGUUACAGACAUACUCCCGGUACAAGCAACACAACACAGUAAAGUUUCUGAUUGGGAUCAGCCCCUCUGGAGCCAUCAUCUUCCUAUCCCCUAUGUGGGGUGGACGAGCCAGUGACAAGGUCAUUACUUUCCAGAGUGGCAUCAUUGAGAAGUUUGUUCCAGGUGAUGUAGUUUUGGCUGACAGAGGCUUUUUCAUCGACACUGAAUUGGCAACCAGGGGUGCAAAGUUAACAGUGCCUGCAUACACCAAAGGCAAGAACCAACUCUCAAGACAAGAAGUUGAAACAUCUAGGGUGUACUCCAAUGUGAGGAUUCAUGUGGAGCGCGUUAUCAACCGCCUCAAAGACUGGGCUGUCAUAAAGGGUCCCCUGCCUAUCACUCUUGUCAAAAGAGGGAAGACCUCUGAGAAGUGUACCGUUGGCAAGAUGGUACAAGUGUGUGCUGCCUUGGUGAACUUGUGUCCUCCAAUCCUGGAAUAAUUUGAUGUAGUGCAUUGAUUGACUUGGAAUAUAUCCAUUGUCCAUUAGCUACAGCUUACACUCCAUUUUAAAGUUGUACAAUUCAACAAAGUCAUUGUCCAUCAUAUAAAUUGUAUUUAUUAAUAUCUUCAGUAGAUAAGUGCAAAGAAAUAUCUAAUAGAAUGUUAAUACUUUUAUCUGACGAUGUUAUUAUUUGACCAGAAUCAGUUGUUGGGCUUCCGACACAAUUGUAUAUGUUAGAAUGUUAUACAAAGACAUUGAACUCAUGUGUAUGUGUAUGUGUAACACAUAUAAUAAUUUUCAGAAAAUGGUGGGCCAGUUGCAGAAAGAUAUAGAUGGUGUUUUGUAAAUCAACCUGUAACUGUAAGAAAUCUGCACACAUAAUUUGGUUUUAUGUUUCAUACAACCAUUAAUUUGAAAAAAUUGGUUGCUGAACUAGCCUUGAGAACCAGGAAAGCAGUAAUUAGUUUAUAGUGUAUGAUGCAUAACUUUGGCGUGUUGACGCUCAAAAUAUUUUGAAGCUAUUUGUUCACAAAUAGAGCCUAUCUUACUCUACGUAUCCAAGAUGUGAGGAUUCCAGCAUUUUGAAAUUAUCAAAAGAGUACAUCUAGUGGUGUGUAAAAAGUUUCUUGGUGUGGGAGUCAACACCAACAUAUAUGGUAUAUGCAGGCUGUGGCAGAUAUCCCUUGUAUGUCAAUUCCUAUAUUAGAUGCAUAAAAUACUGACUAAAAAGUGUAUAUAUGCAUGAAAAUAGACUACCCAAAUGCUUACAAUAUGCUUGUUCAUCUAGAUGAUUUGGCUAAAGUAACAUGGGCAUCUCUUGUAAGAAACAUAUUUUCUCAUGGUUAUGGUUUCAUGUGGGUAAACCACUCAUCUGGCAAUGUGAAUCUCUUUGUAUCAAUUCUGAGAAAACUCCUAUCAAUAUGUUUAAUCAAGAUUGGCACUCAGUGUGAGAUAAAAGCCCACAAUAUGAUUCCUUUAGGUAAAUGAAGGAAGAUGUAUGUCGAUCGACAUGUAUUAGAAUUAGCCCAUUGUGUAAAGUAGAUAUUUCAAUGUUUAUUUGUCUGUCCAUCUUAAUUACAUUUGCGUAAACAAUAUAUUCCUGAAUGGUAGUUUGGUACAUAUCCAAGUCACCUACUGUAGCGUUUAAACAAUUCCUGUCUUCUAAUGAUAACUGUAUCAACUUAAAACUAUCACGAUACAUUUACAAUGCAAUGUCUAAGCAUGAUACUCUGUUAAAAUCGUCUGUGUAUUCAAUCUGUAUAUGAUUGUAUAAGGCCUGAAAUACAAACAUAUUUUGACUUCAACAUUGGUCAAAAUUGUAAAAUAACUGCAUUAUAGAAUUUGACAAGAAAAUUGCAAUAUUACCUCCCUUGGCCAGAUGUUCAUGUAAAUACAGUUGUCAACUACC